GGCACAGUGAGCGGACACAUCAGCUCCACGUUAUUUGUUUACGCUCCAGCUAAUUGCCGAUCUCCCAAUCGUUCUCGGAGACGAAAACCCAGUUUAGAGCUGGAGAAGCAUUCGCAAUGCGAGCCGACGAGGAUAAUCUGUACCGGGAGCAACUGCCAAACUUGGGCUCGCUUAUCAGGGAUGGCGGCCGAAAGCUGUGUCGUCCGGCGACCGUGACCAACAAGUUCCCGAUCCUAAAGUGGCUGCCACGCUACCGUUUGGAGUACAUUAUGCAGGACUUUAUCGCCGGAUUCACGGUGGGGCUAACGACCAUUCCGCAGGCGAUUGCCUAUGGUGUGGUGGCUGGGCUGGAGCCGCAGUACGGAUUGUACUCGGCCUUCAUGGGCUGCUUCACAUACAUCGUUUUUGGUUCCUGCAAGGAUGUCACAAUUGCCACGACUGCUAUUAUGGCUUUGAUGGUCAACCAGUACGCCACCAUUAGUCCAGAUUAUGCUGUGCUAGUGUGCUUCCUGGCUGGCUGCAUCGUACUUAUCCUUGGGUUGCUCAACAUGGGGGUUCUUGUGAGGUUUAUUUCCAUUCCCGUGAUCACGGGCUUCACCAUGGCGGCGGCCGUCACAAUUGGCAGUGCUCAGAUCAACAACAUCGUGGGUCUCGCCAGUCCUUCAAAUGACUUGCUGCCCGCCUGGAAGAAUUUCUUCACCCACUUGACGACAAUUAGGGUGUGGGACGCCCUGCUGGGAGUUUCAUCUCUUGUAUUCCUUCUACUCAUGACGCGUGUCAAGGACAUCAAGUGGGGCAACCGAAUAUUCUGGAAGUACCUCGGCCUCUCCCGAAACGCGUUGGUUGUGAUUUUUGGCACCUUCUUGGCCUACAUCCUGAGUCGCGAUGGCAACCAGCCCUUCCGGGUCACCGGCAAUAUCACGGCCGGAGUACCUCCCUUCCGCUUGCCACCAUUUAGCACCACUGUGGAUGGCGAGUACGUGUCCUUUGGCGAGAUGAUCAGCACUGUGGGCGCCUCCUUGGGUUCCAUUCCGCUGAUCUCAAUCCUGGAAAUAGUGGCCAUAUCGAAGGCUUUUUCUAAGGGAAAAAUUGUAGAUGCCUCGCAGGAAAUGGUGGCCCUGGGCAUGUGCAACAUAAUGGGCAGCUUUGUGCUAUCGAUGCCCGUAACCGGAUCCUUUACCCGCACGGCUGUGAAUAAUGCCAGUGGGGUAAAAACUCCUCUGGGUGGAGCUGUCACCGGUGCCCUGGUGCUUAUGGCCCUGGCCUUUCUCACCCAGACGUUCUACUUUAUACCAAAAUGUACCUUGGCUGCCAUCAUUAUAGCAGCCAUGAUAUCGCUGGUGGAGCUGCACAAGAUUAAGGACAUGUGGAAGUCUAAAAAGAAGGAUCUAUUUCCGUUCUUGGUGACCGUGCUUACCUGCAUGUUCUGGAGUUUGGAGUACGGAAUACUCUGUGGCAUUGCGGCUAACAUGGUUUAUAUUCUGUAUAGCAGUGCACGUCCCCAUGUGGACAUCACAGUGGAGAAGAUUAACGGCCACGAAGUCAGUGUGGUGGAUGUAAAACAGAAACUGGACUACGCGUCCGCUGAAUAUCUCAAGGAGAAGGUGGUGCGUUUCCUCAACAAUCAAAACGGAGAGACCCAACUGGUGGUCAUAAAAGGCGAGGAGAUUAACUCCAUUGACUACACAGUGGCUAUGAACAUUGUCUCUAUGAAGGGCGAUUUGGAGGCUCUCAACUGCGCCAUGAUCUGCUGGAACUGGAACAUCGCCUCUGCCGGAGUCGUUUGCCGACUGAACAGCGACCUGCGUCCCAUCUUCAAGUUCGAUCUGACGCUAGAGGAGCUGGUGGCAUACCACUUUGACAGUCCGUCGAACACAGCCUCCACGGUGACCAUCGAGGCCUAGGAAAACUAGUUUAUUUUCACUAACGAUUAAGCUGAAAGUAUUACCUCAAGAUCACAAAUUAAUGAAGUUGCAUUUAAGAAAAGCGAA